AUGGUGUCCAACUCUGGAAACAGAGAAGCUACAUUCAUACAAUUCCUGGGCGUAACAGUUCUGGUGCUGUUUGCUGGCAAAGGAAGUUGCGACUCAAUUUGCCCUGAUGGUAUUACAAACCUGACUGGCUCAAGUGGUGUCAUAACACAUUAUGAUUAUGGUGUAAACGAAACAAAAUGCUGGAGGAUUGUAGUUCCAGAUGGUUACGUCUCAAUCGGUUGGACUUAUGGCUUGUUCGAUAUCGAAAUGUGCAAAAAUUGUGAAUGUGACUACAUCCAGUCUUCAACCAGUUACGGCUCCCUGCAGUAUGGAUCGAAAGACUGUGGUCAUUGGACCGCGAAUUUCUUAGAUUAUCUAAUUCAAGUGGGGAGCUCAAAGUCCGCUGGCGAGAGUUCAACGUCUAUAAAUGUACGUUUUGUGUCCGAUGAUACUGUCCAUGGAAAAGGAUUCAACCUCAGCUAUGUCGCUGGUUCCUCUGAUGGAGGAGGAAAGUCCUACCUGAAUGCAACUGAGGAAGAAACCAUCGAGUUUGGAACACCAAAAGUUGGCAUCGAAAAAUAUCCUGAAAGCUUUGAGUAUCAGUGGUUUUUGUUUGUCCCCAAAGGACGGCAGGUACAGAUAGACUUCGACAUGUUCGAAUUGGAACAGAGUGACAAGUGCCAGAACGAUUACAUUGAGGUUCGAGAAGCUUCCUUUUCAGGUGGUAAUCCUAAACAAUUUAUCGGACACUACGGUCCAAUUCUUGUUGAACCUCGGUGUACAAACCCGGGAACCGUACAGAGCAAAGGGAAUAUGGUGUGGGUGCAUUUCAAGAGCAACAGCAACUCAACCACUGUCUACAAGGGGUUCAAGGCUUCCUUUAAAGCAGGUCAAAAAAGAUUACUCAUCAGUAAUCCACUGACACUUCUGUUGCUAUCAGCUUUGGUCAUGGUUACAUCGAAGAACAGUGUGCUUUGA